UGUUGCCAUGUGAACCAUUUAAUAUUCUAAAAUUGCAUGUUGGAUCAAUAGAUUUGCCUCUCAACUAUACCCAGGCCCCCAGGGCUAAGAUUGGUUAUAAAAUAUGUGGAUUGUAUGAAGAAACAGAUCAGAUCCAACCUUUUAAAACCUCAGAAAACCAAAAACAGAACAGCAGCUAUUCUUGUUUCCAUCAGCUGAUAUGGAGAAAGCAGAGUUGAUUUUCAUCCCUUGGCCACUGAUGGGCCAUUUGGCUCAACUGGUGGAGCUGGCAAAGCUGUUAAUCAGCCGAGACGAGAGAUUUUCCAUCACAGUCCUAAUCUCCAGGCUCCCUGAUUCCCUUGAUCCUGUCACCAAUAAAUUGAUCAGCUCUUUAGUUGAUUCCUGCACCACAGAAGCCCUUCAAUUCUAUCAGCUUCCUCCAACAAAUCCCACCCCCGAAUGGAGUUCCCUCACUCGAGGGUACUUCAUUCAGAAGCAACUCGAUAGCCAGAAACCUCAUGUCAAGGACUUCAUCCAACAGCGCAAAACUGAUCAAUCAAGCAGUUCAAGACUUAUUGGAGUAGUUGUUGACAUGUUCUCCACCAGCAUGAUCGAUGUAGCUGAUGAAUUCGGGAUUCCUAGCUAUGUAUUCUUCACAUCUGGUGCAGCGUUUCUACGCAUCAUGCUCCAUUUUCAGACCCUUGAAGAUGACUACAACCAGGAUGUUUCUGAGUUUUCAAAGUCAGAAACUGCUGUGUCUUUCCCGGGUUUUGCCAAUCCAAUUCCACCAUCAGUCUUGCCUAUGGCUCUAGUGGAGAAACAGCUCUGGUCGCGGCGAUUCCUACCAUGUGCUCGUGGAUACAGAAAGGCCAAGGGAAUCUUGAUCAACACAUUCACUGAACUAGAACCAUAUGCCCUUAAUUCUCUUAAUCUAUUAGAAUCCUCGCCACAAAUCUACCCGGUAGGACCAAUUCUGAACCAGGUACAAUAUGUAUCUCGUGAUGUACAAUCAGGAAUCCUUAAAUGGUUGGAUGAGCAGCCCCCAAAAUCAGUAGUUUACAUCAGCUUUGGCAGCCUGGGAAGCCUACCAAUGGACCAAGUGAAAGAGCUAGCUAAUGGGCUCGAACGCAGUGGUUACAGAUUCUUAUGGUGCCUGCGUCGUCCGCCGCCUAAGAAUACCAUUGUUGAUUUCCCGAGUGAGUAUGGGAAUUAUGAAGAUGUCUUGCCUGAAGGAUUUCUGGAUCGAACGGCAAAUGUUGGAAAAAUUGUCGGUUGGGUUCCACAAUUAGCUGUAUUGUCACAUGCUGCAGUGGGAGGAUUUGUAACACACUGCGGCUGGAAUUCGACACUAGAGAGCAUUUGGUUUGGGGUGCCCCUUGCGACAUGGCCUUUAGAGGGAGAACAACAGUUAAAUGCAUUUCAGUUGGUGAUAGAUUUAAAACAAUCCGUGGGAAUUACAUUGGAUUACUCAUCAAGAAAUCAAAAUCAGCCUCUGGUUACAGCUGAAGAGAUAGAAAGAGGAAUAAGGAAGGUGAUGGAGAGUGAUAGUGAAGUAAGGAAGAAUGUUAAAGAAAUGAGUGAUAAGAGUAGAGAAAGCAUUAAACUCGGAGGUUCUUCACAUGGUUCUCUUGGGAAACUGAUUAGUACGAUGUUGCAUGAUAGUUGUUAAUAAGAACUCAGGUAUGCUGUUUUCCAUAUGUUCUUAAUAUCAUUAACCACCUCUGUUGCAAACAAAUCUUUCUUAUGUUGGUUGCCUCAGUACCAUCAUGAAACUGUUAAAUUUCUAAAUUCAUCAUGACAGAUUUAAGAUUUUGCUUUCCUUUUCUCCAGGAAAA